AUGGGGUAUAGCGGCUCAGCAUCGAGGCAGCACACCCCAGCUCGUCAACGACCCGAACAUGAGUACUACUACGACCACUACGACCACCACGCACAGCCGACGCACCCAGUACGACCGGCCGCCAUCAAGCUUGAAGGACCGUAUGGAGACUUCCGGGACGACUUGGUCAAGCAGGGCUACACGGUGAUCAAGAGUGCUAUUUCGCCGGACCAAGCCAAAGCAUACCAACAGAAGGCCUUCGAUUGGCUGGCUAGCUUCAACACACCACUCGACCUUGCCGACCCGUCAACAUGGAAAGCUGAGAACUUGCCUGUCCAGACCAAGCUGAACACUUUCGAGUCCUACAGCGUUGUGCACGAGAAAUUCAUGUGGGAUCUGCGCCAGGAAGACGGCAUCAUCGAACCCUUCAGCGAAAUAUGGGGCACGGACAAGCUAGUCGUCUCCUUCGAUUCAGUCAACAUCACAUUGCCAAAUCGUGCGGACAAGCCAGCCCGUUCGCCAUGGCCACAUGUCGAUCAGUCACCACUUCGCCAGGGUCUGCACUGUAUCCAGGGUAUCAUUAACUUAAGUCAGGCAGGCCCCGAAGACGGCUCGCUAGCGCUGUAUCCUGCAUCACACGCCCUGGUUGAAGAGUACUUCCGCACACAGACUGAUGAAUCGUCCUGGAAGCCCGAAGAUAGGUACUACUUCGGCAAGGAGGGCAUCAAAUGGUUUGAGGAACGCGGCUGUAAGCCUAUCAAGGUCCAGGCGGAUCCGGGUGACCUGAUCCUCUGGGAUUCGCGGAGCAUCCACUGGGGCGCAGAGCAGACUCCCAAGAGUGAUACCAUCCGGACGGUCGUUUAUGCCGCAUAUGCUCCUGCCGCCCUAGCCAGUGCGGAUACGUUGAAGCAGAAGAAGCAUGUAUUUGAGAAGUUUGGAGCAACAACGCACUGGCCGCACGACAAUAUGGAGUUGAGAGGCUUGCACGCGAAGCUACCAGAUGGGCAGCUGGAUCCGAGGAACAGGGAUAGACCGAGGGAGAUGCCAGAAUACACAGACAAGCUGCUCAGAUUGGCUGGUGUGAAGGCUUAUUGA